AUGGAUACAACAGUUAUAAAAAGAAAAGCGACAGAUAAUAAAGAACAACAACCGACAGCACUGUCGUCAGAUACCACCGCACGUAAACAACCAUCAUAUACAAAAAGAGUAGAUCCUAUUCUAUACAAGAUAAUUAGAACUAUUGCUGCUACAAUAUGGGUUAUUUCAAUUACAAUAAUGGUAUGGUUUAUUGCACCAUUCUCUGCUAUAUUUGUUAAUCCAAUAUUGAAAAGGAUGGGAGUUAGACAAUUUUAUUAUCCACUUGAAUUGUGUAGUCGUUUCUGGGCACGUGGUUUAUGUUGGAUAUGGGGUAUAGAAGUGGUAGUGGAAGGAAGUGAUCUAUUGAGAAAAUGUGAUGGUACACCAACUGUCAUUAUGUAUAGCCAUUGCUCAAACAUUGAUCCGGUGAUCAUGAUGGGUUACACUUCCAUCCCACCACGAUUCAUAUUCAAACAAGAGCUACUCUACUUUGUACCAUUGGUCUUUUACCUCGGGUAUUUGGUCGGACACAUUCCAAUCAAUAGAAAACAACAUCACUCUGCGGUCGAGGCUAUCAACCAUUCCGCUGAAGCUUGCAGAAAGAGUAAAGGUGGUGUGGCAAUCAGUCCAGAGGGAACACGUUCAGUCGACGGACAAAUACAAGAUUUUAAAAAGGGAGGAUUCCAUCUUGCCAAACGUGCCAAUGCAAAGAUUGUUCCUGCUUGUUAUUGGGGUGCCUAUGAAAUGUGGCCAACCAAUAAUCUUUUACCAAAUUCUGGUGUUGUUCAUUUAAGAUUUUUACCAGCAAUUGAAACUAGUAAUGAUGAUAUAGACGAGUUGAUAGUAAAGACUAGGAGAAUCAUGAAACAUACAUUGGUGGAGGAAUAUCCUAAAAAGUUUAAUCCAUUCCCUCGAUCUCCCAAUAUACUCAAUCCUCUCAUCUACCUUGGUUUGGUUGCCAUCAUAGUAUACACUGUUUCACAAUCUACCCUAUACCAUCAACUCAUUCAAACCAUCUCCCAUCAAAUUCAUAGAGUCAUUUAA